AUGUUGACAACUAGAACCUGUUUGAAAUUGAUACCACUGAUAUCUCAAUCCACGAACUUUUCGAUACGAAGUUUAUCUCACACUACAAAGCCAGUUGCUAACAAGAAGCUUUAUGACAAGCCUAAAUCGAAAUCAAAAGAAGAACGAAAGAUUUUUGGACGAUUAAAAGAUGCUAGUGGGACAGAAACAGACGGGAAUUCAACACCAAAGGGUUCCAUCAGCUCUUCUCCCGAGAAACCAGCACAGUAUCUCCCCACAUCGACUUUACCCCAAAUGCCAAAACACUUGCAAGAACAAUCCCUUGAAUCGAUAUAUGAGUCACUUGGUCAAGGUUAUAUUCUUGAUCGAAUAAAGCAACCAAAGGGGAUUGAUCUUGUUAUUCCACCCGAGUUUAUCAAACCUCCACAACCACCCAAGCGCCAUGUGCGUCCAGAGAAGACGAAAGAUUUGGACAAGAAAAUCAAGAAUUUCAUAGCUGGCGAACAUGAUGAUCGUAGUUUGAUCCAUUUGGGUAAGGAGAUUAGUGCUCAUAUGGAACCUGAUCAUAAUGAAAUAUACCCAAUCUUGGAACAUCCUUUGAAGAAGUCAUUGUCUGGUUUGAAAGUUCUCAAUCCGGCAAUGAACAAAAUCAAGGAUCAGUUCUUGUGGGACAUGAUCCCCGAGGAGAAAUUUGCAUUCACUCCACCGUAUCAGGUUGAUAACCCCUUGGGGUUCAAGCAGUGGGAAAAGGAUCUUAUUGCUGAGCGUGAAAAGGCUAAACAGGAACAGGAUUUGAUUAUGAAGGAAUUGCAGGAGUUUGAAAAGUUGAUGGGCGAUGCCAAAUCUUUUUUUGGAAAGAAUACGAGUGAGUCCAAUAAGAGUGAUGAUGCAUCGGAUGGUGGAGCUAGAGGAAGUAGAAGAAAGUUGAAUCGAAAGUUGUUGAAAAAGUACAAGAAGUUGAAGGAUGAAGGAAAGAUUGACAUUGAUUAG